AUGUAUAAUAAGCAAGAAAUAUUAGAAGCAAAACAUUUGGAUAAAAAUGAUGAGCGUUUUCAAGUAGUUAAUGAAGCAUUUCUAUUAGCAUAUGACCUAGAUGCCCCAACAAUGGCAGCAGCAGCAAAAAUACUUGAAGAAGCAAAGAAACAAUUAAUAAAAGAUAUUCGUUAUGAAAAAUGCAUGAAACAUGUAUCAAAAGAAGAUAGUAGAGAACAACAACAAUCCGGUGAGAACGAAAAAGAAGAAGACAAGAAAGACGAAGAAGAAGAAGUAGAAGAUGAUGAUGAUAAUCACUGA